AUGACAUCAAGUUGUUCUAGACAUCAGAAAUCAUAUAGAUUUAUAUGUUAUCAAUGCAAUCAGUUAAUGUGUGCAUUGUGCAUUACAAAACACAAUAAGAAUCACAAUGAUCAUGCCAAUCAAUUAGAUCAUAUCAAAGAAAUAAAACAAUCAUUAGAUAAUCUACGUAGUAUUGAUGUCCCUCGGCAAAAUGAUAAUAAUGAUGAUAAACAUGAACAACCAACUUUAAAAAAACAAAAACUAGAUAGCAUAGUUGAUAAUGAUAAUAAAAAUAAAAAGAAAAAUAAAGAUAGAAAAUCAAUUUGGAACACAUUGAAAUCAGAUACUUCAAGAUAUGAGAGUUUAACACUGACAGAGAAUGAAAUCACACAACAUUUUAAACAACUUUAUGAUUACAUUGCAAUGGAAGAAUACAAGUUAAAGAAAUCAAUAAUAGCCACCAAAGACAUUAUUGAACAUCAACUCAAUAAUUAUAUCAAUGAAUUAAAACAUUUAAAUAGUAUUAUAGAUUUAAAUAAUAACUUUAAUAACAUCAAACAAAAUAGUAAUUAUAAUAGUAAAGAAGUUGUAAAAAAUGAAAUGAAAAUAGAGAAUACAACUGAGCAAUAUUCAUUAGAAUCAAUAUUGAAAUCAAUAUCAUCAUGUUCAACAUUACAGUCAUUCAUCGAUGAUAAUAAUCAAACAUUGUUCAGUAAUCAGAUGAUCGAUGACCAUCCAUCAGUUCAAGAGCAAUUAGAACAAUAUGAUAACGAUUCAUUAUCAUUAUUAUUGGAUACAAUUUAUAAAUACAACGAUAGAUUCCAACCAACAGCAACUGAUAGAAUCACUGAUAAUACUAUAAGCAGAUUGUAUACACAACGACCAGAUUUUAAACAACUUGAUUCAAUCAUACAACAAUCAAUUACUCUUUUAACAGACAACACAACAUCAUAUAUUUUUUCAACACCCUCUUUUAGUGGAGCAGCAACACUCAUCAACCUAUCAAAUAAUAAUACAGUGGAACAAUUCAGUAUUGACUUUGAUUUUAGUGGAACAUACAGUUCGAUUGUUGCAGUUGGUGAAUAUAUCUAUGUAUUCGGUGGUUAUAACGAUCCAAAGAAAUGGAUGAAAUUCUCAAUCAAAUCGAAAUCAGUUGAGCAUAUCGGUGAUAUCGUAGGAAUCGAUGUUAGUUGUGAUUUAUCAGCUUGUUAUGAUGGUAAAGAUCAUAUCUAUUUGGUGGGAGAUAAACAAGAGAUCGAUCGAUUCAAUAUCAAUACGAUGAAGUUUGAGAUAUAUCAUAAAUUUACAACAAUCAAAUAUGGAAAAUUCAGUCAAGUAUUAUCAUUAAUGAUCUUCAAAGGUUCAUUGUAUAUAGUUGGAUUAGAGAACAAUAUGGUAUUUCAAAUCGAUUUGACAAGAAAAACUUUAAAACCACAUAUAAUUGGCUGUAAACCAUUCACAGCUUGUCACGAUGACAAUGGAAACCUCUACACAAACGAAUAUUCCAAAAAACAAAUCACCAAAUACAAUGUUGAAAGCAAACAAGUCGAUACCAUUGAUAUUCCAGAAAUAGGUGAUGAACUUAAUUUGAUGUAUCACCGAGAGUCACCAUUUUCAAGCUUUAUCUAUUCAUUUGGUGGUUGUGAUUGUGGUAAUUUCAAAUAUUCAAUUGAAUCCAACAAAUGCGAGCCAUUCUUUGAAGAGGAUACAUUCUGUAGGCAUAUAAGUGGAUCCGUAUCAAUCAAAUUUUAA